CCUCGCAGGCGGUUCGAGCGCGCCGUGACGGGUGUUCGGCGGGCUGUGUGCCGCUCCGGUGUCUGAUACCCGCUAUCAUGCCCAAGCGGAGCUGCCCGUUCGCGGACGCUUCCCCGCUGCAGCUCAAAGUCCAUGUGGGCCCGAGAGAGCUGAGCCGCGGUGUGUUCGCCGAGCGCUGCUCGCGCGAGGUCUUCGAAAGAACCAAGCAGCUCCUUUUCCAAGGGGCCCAGGCCUAUAGAGAUCACAUAUGGGGCGAAGGUUGUUCCAUCCACCACAUGCCAGCGUCACUGAAGCCUGGCCUGGUGGGGGCCUCUCAAGCUGCAAGGGGACAGAUGUUGAUCGGACCUGAUGGCCGACUGACACGCUGCCAGGCUCAGGCCUCAGAAGCUGGCCUGCCUGGGGCAGCACCCAUCGCUUGUUCAUCCUGCGUGAGAUCUGUGGAUGGGAAGGCGGUCUGCAGCCAGUGUGACCGGGCCCUCUGUGGGCAAUGUAUAUACACCUGCUGGGGCUGCGGAGCCUUGGCCUGUAUGCUGUGUGGCCUUGCAGACUAUGCCGAUGAUGGCGAGAAGACACUUUGCACCAGCUGUGCUAUGUUUGAAGCCUGAGGUGGCCAUGGACAGUGCAAGAUGUUCACACGGAAGAGGGAGAAGGUGGCUUUUUUAUACCUUAUGUUUUGUACCCCAGUAACAAGUGAAUAAACCUCUUUAUAUUUGCA